AUGUUGCUGACUUUUUAUCUUCUCUUCAUUGGGCUUCAUGUCUCUGAAGGCUGCACUCUGGACAAAAGAGAACCAGUCAUAAGUAUCACAGCUUAUCCAGGAGGGUCAGUACUGCUGCCCUGUUACUGCACUGACCUACACACUAAACCCGAGAGAUUCAGCUGGAAGAAAGGGAACACAAAAACACGAACAUAUAGAGUGAUAUCCAGUGAGAGUGGUCAGUACAGAAACAGAGUUCAGCUGGUUAAUGGUCACUCUCCAGGAAAUCUCUCUCUACUCAUAUCACACCUGACUGAAGAGGAUGGAGGAGUUUACUGGUGUGAAGUUAAAGAUUUAUAUAAAGCCAUCAGACUGACUGUAAAAGGCUGCACUCUGGAGAACAGAGGACAACUACUGAUUAUUUCAGCUCAUACAGGAGGGUCAGUACUGCUGCCCUGCUACUGCACUGACCUUCACACCACACCUGAAGAAUUCAGCUGGAAGAAAGACAACAGAUACAGAAACACAUGGGAAGAGAUAUCCAGUGAGAGUGAUCAGUACAGAAACAGAGUUCAGCUGGUUAAUGGUCACUCUCCAGGAAAUCUCUCUCUACUCAUAUCACACCUGACUGAAGAGGACGGAGGAGUUUACUGGUGUGAAGUUAUAGAACCUCCACAGUCUCUGCCCUUCGUCCCCUUUGCCUUGGUAACUGUGAUCUUUCUCCACAUUAUAGUAGCUGUGGUUUAUCACACCAAGAGAAACAAAGAUCCUGCCAGAGUUCACUACAGCACAGCUGAUGGAGAUGGAGUGGUCAGUCUGGAGUAG